CAAUGUCCCUGAAGCUCAUCGUAUUCCACGAAUUCGCUGCUGCAAUUCCGAGUUUGACAAGUCCAAGUUGAACCACAUUCGACUGCAAAGACAAAUCUGAUUUACAAUAUGGCCUCAUUCGGAAGACUCGUUGCAACUCCAGCCAGCGCUACGAUCGACACCACAAUCGCUCUCGCAAAUCUCAACUUUGACUUCGCUUUGUUCAAAGUGGAGCCCCAAUCAGAGUUCAAAGGCAUCGGUUCCUCCCUCUCUCCCAUCCGACGUCACGAGGCGGAAAACGGCCCAACACAUGUGACAGCACGGAAGCUUGGGGCGUUGUUCGAACCGCUCCUUCCAUCGACGACGGCUCUCGCCAAAGCGUAUGGCUUGCGUGCUACAGAAAUUAUCCAGAAGUCGAAGAUUAAGAAGGCAGUCCAGCCAUCCUUAGGUGUCUUUGCAAACCAUGGCGGUGUCGAUGGGACCAGCAUAUGGGCAGCUGCUACCUCCGGGCAAGGGACUAUCAGAGUUCAUCUGCUAGCUUGCAUGCUCGCAAGGAUAUGGGAAGCGGCGGAAGCGACAUCAAUAUGGGUGGAAAUUGUAGAGGAAAGAAAAAAGGACAUCGCUUCAACUUUCGACUCAGGAGGCAGCGCCAACAUCUCCGCCUACAUGACAUCCCAGCAAGAACUGACGCGAGAUCAACUGGCAAACUGGGAUGCGAGUGCACGAGCAUGGCUUCGCGCAGCGGAUGAUGUCGAGGCUCGAAGACAAAAGCAACUCGAGCUUAUUCUAAGCAACGUUAAUGUUUCCGUGAACUCAAAGUCAAAAGUGUGGGAAAGUGUUUUAGCAGCAUGGAAGUCUGCAAUGCAGGCAGUUGACUGUCUCAUUUGCGGAAUGCCGCAGCAAGCACAGACAGGGGAGAUAUUUCUGGGGUUGUCUGCCUGGCAUUUAUAUCCGAACAUUCUCGUUCUUGGGACUUUGACAACACCAGUCAAGCUAAACGACCCGUUAGUGCACCCAGCCGGCCUCCUAACAUUGGGUCUCCAGAGCGAUAGGACUGGACAGGAAGACGGUGUUCACUGGUCGUUGCCUCUCGCCCACCUCCGAUACUAUGGUGAUCCUAUCGUGCGUACACGAUCUGUCACCAAGAACGGUUCAAGGUUAACGCUCGCGGAAUUUCUUCAGGCAAUCCUUGGGGCUUUGUUCGAGAGUUGGGGACGUCAAGGCAAAGACAAUGAAGCUUCCGCCAAGUUCCUUAAAGCCCUCAAAACCGCGGUGCUGCUCGACUCUUCACACGGUACUCAAAUGCCGGAGGACUGCUGGCUAGACAUAUUAGGCACUGCGGCUUCUGAUUUCCUCGCCUGUGAUCCCACUCAGAGUGGGAGAUACGCCCAGCUACAUAUGCUUGGCAGGAAGUACUCAGAAAUUAUCCUGGGAAAGACCCUGUUCCCGGCAUUCGCUUUUGCGUCUACCGGCGCUUGGUUUGGCCUUCACACAGGUCAGGAAGCGACCAUCAAAGCUCUCCGAGUCAUUGCAAACCAACUUCCAGUUGAAGCGGAGAAUCUGUUUAUCAGAUACCGUGUAGAAAAUUGGGAAUGCUGUUCCUCUCAAUUCGAGUACGCUACUGCAAAGAUAUCCACUUCCAAUAGCUCUCAGAUGCAACAACACUUUCGUUGGAUCCAUACUGGCAGUGACUCUUCACACCUCAACAAAUCUCGCGAAACCAUCAAAAAUUCGCAGGUCCGUACCAAGAGCCUGACAGAAACCUACACCAGCAUCGGAGAACUCGUACAACCUUUGGAAGACCAGGUGCUCUAUGAAGAAAAUCGGGGCCAGAGGAUUCAUCGGCGUCAGCCCCAUCGUGACUCAGGAGAAAUAGAGCAAAGAGUGUUCCAUAGUAUGAGUAACAAGAAACAGCAGAAGUUUCAAAAAGGGCAACAUUUCCACUCAGACAAGCACUUGUACAAACUGUUAUUUGGGGAUCCACACGAAGCCGCCAUUUAUAUUGUUUAUGACUGCGAAUACAAGUCUGGCCCCGUCCGUGAACGCUACAAGGAAGAAGCUACAGCCCAGAUAAAUGCAGCUCACGACAGAUUGAGCGAAGGUGUCGGCCUAUCAAAUAUCACAAAAAUCCUCACACACAAAACUGGCGGUUCAAAUAGUAAGAGAGAACUCGCGAAGGCACUUUCCUGGGUCGAAACUGGUUACAUACACUGUUUGAAGGUGAUUUCCACCCUAGUGAGAGUCUAUAAGGCGCUCCCUCAUGCAACAAUCGACGUUCGGAUUUUGCAGGAGCCUUUUCGAGAGCAGAUUUGGGUCCCCGAACCUCCAAAGUGGUUGUUGCUCAAGCAAGCCUCACCCUUGGAUGAAACCCUCCGUUCGUAUCCUCUCACUCGUCAGCAAUGCUUUUCCUGCAUAAUAAAGCUAGAGUCAUCACAGUAUAGCAUUGAACCUGAAAAGCUCAAUACAGUAUUAGCUGUUUCAACAGGAGAUUCGAUUUUCGUCGCGUCUCCGCUCCUCUGCGAUCCCAUUGAAACAGGAACCGUCAACGCCGUUCAGAGAAUCAUGGGCAACGUAGGGAGGGCGGGUAUAGCACUACUUGUUCCGCCCCGAUCACCGAAAGUCAAGAAGCUGGGCAUCGAAACUUGGGACCUCAUAAAUCAAAACAAUUUCGACGGGAAUUUUGAGGAUUGCUUUGCCAACACUUCCUUGCACCUAUCCUUCACAGGAGCGAGUAUGCCGCUGGACAUUGGCUUCACAGGAAAUUGUGAUAGAGAGGUCUAUAUCUUAGAGACCGUAGUAUCGGUCCACGAGGCCGGCCAGUGGGUAGCAGAUCUCGACGUGCUAGGCUCCCUGGCGAACAGGCGGCUAGAACAUGACCUCGCCCGAAAACCAAGCUGUACCAACGACCACUGGGAAUGGCGGCACACCGAUCUACCGGGCCGGCAGCUCAUAAGUCUAGAGAAUUGGAGCGAGUUUUUGGACCGCCCAGAUUCUGGGAGCAUUUUCAAGGCAUUGGGUAACUGGCAGGCGAGACUUGCUGGGGCGGUAUUGGGGCUUGCGCAAGGGCAUAGAGUAUUUGUUGUACAGCGCGAUGUAUGCUGGAAAUGCGUGAAAGAUCGCCUUGAGAAGGGGUUCAAGAGUAAGGUCGAACCGGCUGCAGAGCCUAGCUUGAAUACAGCAGUAGCGGGGCCUGUCCUAUCAGAAGCCGUUACUAUCAUCGCCUAACCCCUCCAUUUGCGGCGUAAGUCUUGCAGCAAUUUUAAGGGGGGAGUUUUUGUAAAAUAUAAAAAAACAAAAAAAC